GUUGAAGGUUUACAAUAUAUAUUACUCCAUUGUUUAGUUGCUUAGAAAAAAGUGAAAACAAUGUCAGAUCAACAACUAAACAAAGACGGGAUAAUGGAGGAUUCAAGUUCAGGAAAUGUGGAAGAUGAAGCAAAAAAGAAUGACGAUUUUCUGGCCAAAGCAUCGAUGACAGAGUCGUACAGUGAAAUUUUAAAUUCACCAACUACACAUACAAAUGAACUGCCCAUUGAAUCAAAUGCAUCAAUAGUGAUUCCAAGACGACGACCAUCUUCAUUAAAUCGUCAUCAUUCUAGUCAAUCAUCAUUCCCCCAUGGAUCACUUCGUGUUGAUGACGGCAAUAUGACACAUUUUGUUGCAGAUAAUUUAGAGUAUAAAAUCAAAACAGCAAGUCCCAAAGAUGGAAAACACAUGUCGAGAAACGAUGUGCUACCAACUGAAACAGCAACAGAACAGAUUCAACGACAAUUCUUCACUGCUUUUCCACAAAUUGACGCAAAUGCACUGAACGAUAUUGAAAUCGAAGCACAAUAUUUAGCAGCCAAUUUGGAUGGAAUCACAGAAAAUCUGGGCAAUUUGUUACAUUCGAUUUCCUCAAUAACUGCUGAUAAUGUUGACUGUUAUAAAAAUGCCGUAAAUAAAUUGACCGAUUGCAUGGAUGCCAACAUCAAAACAAUGUACACGGUAAUGGCAAAGACUGAGGAGCUAUCGAACCAGAUGAAAAACACAGAAGCACUAGCCUCAAGAAUAAAAGACAUCAAGCGGCUUGUAGACGUUAUGGAUAGUGCUGUUUAAGCUUGUAAACACUUUUUUGGCUUAUAAGAGAUCUUCGCUUGUGAUUAUCAUUUGUCUCUGUUGCACAACUUACCCAUCAUCUCAAGACAAAACUAUGCUAUUUUGAUACCAAGCUUAAUUCUUAAGAAAUUGAUUUAAAUAUUAUUUGAUUUCAAGUUGUUUUCGAUAUGCAAACAUUUACCCGUCUGAAGGACAUUAUUGAUUGUAGGAGAAAUGUAGAAAACUAAAAACAACUAACAUUUAAUAAAAACUUUCAAACAGCUUAAAGUCAUCACAUAA